AUGGAAGCAGAAGCCAGUCUGAAUACUCGCUUAUCGUCUUUUGAUGCACCUGCUGUAGAUCACUCUCCCAAAUCACUACGUAAAACGAAAUCGUGUCCUAGAUUGAAUAAACAGCUACAGCAAAAAAAGAGGUAUCUUUAUAGUCAAUGGAGAUUAGCUACUACCAUGAGACAGUUUAUUGAAACUGUGCAAAAUACGACGAGGGAAAAGAAACUUGAAGUCGGCAUCGCGGAAAAUGCGGUGGUCUAUCAUCACCACCAUCAUAUUCAUCACCACCAUUAUCAUCAUCACCACCACCAUCAUCAUGAUUAUACCCAAAUAACGGAAGCAUCAUUACCAUCAGCGCCGUCAAAUUCUCGACAAUCCCCCUCGACUCCUUCUCUUCCUACUUCUCCAACUGUAGCAGAUCCACCAAAAAUGCUUCAAAGUGCCUCGUCCCUGACCUCGCUCUUUAAAUAUGCUAUUGACACUGUUGGCGGCUUCAUUCCACAAUCACCCCCUUCCUCUAUAAAAACAGACAUACCACAAACCAAGCCUAUCAUAACAACAACCAAAACAGCAUUUUCAAGUCUAUCCAAACCUACAUUGCACCGAGCCAUGUUUAUAUCGACGAUACUGAUGAUGCGCAAAUUCAACUAUUCCUCGCUGUGGUUCCGCCGAGGAAAUCAAGUAGAGACCUAUUGGAAAUCUCGUCCACGCUAUAGCAAUCUUCUGAGAAACAGAGCACAAUUGUUGUGGUAUAUCCUCCAGCUUUUCGUUUCAAAAUCAACCAUAAGCAGGACAACUAGAAACCCUUUUAUUUUGUAA